CAACGGCUCUCAUUUCACUCAUCGCACGGACCACAUCCCCCACCCUCCCAAUUAUCAUCACAUUUACUUCAUCAUCUCCCAAAAACACAAAAAACACACACUCACACAGUGACUCAUAUUCUCUCUCUCUCAUCAGUCACCAUUUAUAGAAUCUCUUCUUUCUCACUCUGCUGCUCUAAAAUCUCUGCCCGGAGAGGAAGAAGACUAAUUAAAGAAGGAGAGAAAGAGAGAGAGAUGUUGGGGAAGCGAACACGUGCUUCACAACAGAUGAGAAGAACGACGAGCAUGGCCGGAAUCACCACCGCUGCCGUCGAUCCGUCCCGGAAUACGAUCGACGUGGAGGAAUUACCGCCGGUGGAUCUUGUUCAUCAGAACCCAUUAACUGGAAAUGGAAUUGGUGGUCAUCAUCUCCUGGCGGUGGAGGGUCCAUCGGAGCCAUUGGUGGUAGGUCCGAACCCGAAUGUCCCCAAUAAUAAUAAUAAUAAUAACACUAAUAAUCACCCGACGGAUCAUCAUCAUCAUAAUCAGCGGUUAACGGCGGUGUUAUCUCCGAGAUACAAUUACAUGAUGAGGGAUCAUCAUCAUUACGGCGGUUUAGGGUCGGGAAAUUUCUUGAGAAGUUGCGGCCUCUGUAACCGCCGUUUGGCUCCCGGCCGGGAUAUUUUCAUGUACAGGGGUGAUACGGCGUUUUGCAGCCAAGAAUGCAGGGAGCAACGGAUGAAACAAGACGAGAGGAAUGAAAAGCACAAUACUAAGAUGACAGCUGCCAAGAAAUAUUCCGAUCAGCUCAAUACAGCUACUCCGGCCAGUACUGAUUCCUCCGGCCACGGGGAAACCGUUGCUGCUGCUUCUUGAGUGUUUAACGAAUUAAUUACUUAGUAUACUAGUAGUAAAAUCGGGAUAGGUAAAUAUAGCUAGUUUUAAAAAGGUUAAUUUGUGGUACGUAUAGAAGUUUUAGUGUGUUAAUUACGUGAGUGAAAAAAUGUCCAAAAUAUAAUCGAGUACGUCAGUUGUACUGCAUAAUAUUGAAUUAGUUGUUGUUUAGGACUAGGGCAAAAUAUCUCAAUCUUACCUAAUUAUGUAUGGCUUGCUAAAUUAUAGUAUGAUAUCUUGUUUUAAGAAGAAAGAAACUCGGAGUUUAAACGGGUUUGGCACCCUAUUCUCGUAAUUUUGUUCCCUUUUACUCUUUUGUUAGUUGUGCCACUAUCAUUUAUAUUAUCAGUGAUAUUUGUUGAUCACUUCCGAAAAACAAAAUUGUGUCUAUAGAAGAGAGAGGGGAAAGUGUGCCUGAUUUGAACAGACAAGUUCUCUUUU